AAACUAUUAAUAUCUACAGGGUUAUAUUACACAUUCAUAUAGCAUAAACUCUGGCAUCAAAAAUUUAUUCUCCAUCCCAUGCUUCAUAUAACAAAUUAAAGAUCUUAGUCUUCUCCUAAACAAUCUACCAGAGGAAUAAUGAUGUGAACUUAGUAAAUAUCUUAUAAUUUCAUUUCACAUUUCAAAAGAAGAAUUGUAGAUCUGUAUAAUCAAUUCGUUAUGGAGCAGGAAAUUACCCUAAGUACACUGUUCAUACAUCAACAGGAUAUCCACUUUAAAAAGAAUAGAAAGUUCGCGGCUGACGCCUUUCAUUGCUGUAAUACGUGAGAAAAAUGUACUGCUUAAACAAUUUUCAAAGUAGAAUACUUCAAACAAUCUAAUAUCCCAUAUGUCCUCUACAUUUAAUAUCAAUAUCUGUAUCAAACUGAUCAUGCCAGUUGACUGGCAUAAAUUCUGUAAUCGUCGUUUUCAGAAUAUAUUAUUAUUAUUAUUAUUAUUAUUAUUAUUAUUAUUAUUAUUAUUAUUAUUAUUAUGUUUUGAUGACAAUUACAACUUUUGCUUGUGUUCCAGAAUUAAUCAGCAAAUAUAAGCACGUAGGGGUAAAAAGUGAGUCAAUUCAGGUUUUUCGAAGUUCGUUUCCGAUAAGAACUAGAACCAGGUAGAGAACUGUUUCAAAUCAGGCAUCAAUCGGUUGUGGUUUGUUAAAGUUCGGGAUGCUUUGGCAGCAAGCACUCAUCAUCCCAUUAUGAGAUUGGACUCAGGACCUUUAGAUAUCACAACGAGCACAACACUAAAUCACUGUGCUGAAAUUUAACAAUCCCUUGUACAGUCACUUUACAAUAUAGUGAAGUAGUUAUUAAAGGGAUUUUAACUGAGUACGGAAUGAGUCCUUUAAGGUAAAGAUUAAAGGCUGGUGACUAACUAAUAGUCAUAAAACAGAAAUAGAAACCAAGCGAGAAUAAGUGCCAUUUACUAUUCACAGUGAAUUUGUAGGGUUGCGCAAUAAUCUGAAACUGAAACCAACAACAAAUCAGAGGUAAGAGGAAAACCGAACCCAAGCUAAAAUGGACCAAGCAUAAGAUGUGUAGUAACACAGAAUAUGUGAUUAAAAAAACCACAUAACUAAGCACAGACAGCCGAAUGUUGUGAUUGGAGAAGCCUAACAUCCCGCCUGACCAUCCCACCAAUAAGCUCACAGUAUAUAAUUGACCUCAGGGCUAGGCUUGCUUUGACUUUUUUGUGAUUGGACAUAACAAAAUGCAUGCGCCCAAUCUCAUUGUGUCUUUUUAGAAAAAUGGAAUAAUCAAUAUAAACCCUGCGUAGGCACAGCCUUAAGAGUUGUAGAGUGUAUCGAUCAAAUAUAUUCCUAUCCCUGGCAUAAACGAUAAUUAGUUUGUGCUUGGUCCUACUUUAGAAACAGCUGGCUGCUUCGCAUUGCGAAGUUGAUUAUUGAUUAGUGGAUAUUGCUCUUUUUUAUUCUCACCCCCUAAACAUCGUCAAGAUUUGAACGGUUUCAAUUGAAUAUCCAUUUGCAGAUAUCGACCAAGGUCCAGUCCUUAGUGUCAAAAGCGGGGAAACAAAUCUUUACGAAUAACAACCUCAUACCUGUUAGAAAAGUUGGUGGCUAUCUAGAAUCAUUAGCUUACCGAGAAAUGUGAUGGCAUUGAAUACGAAAGUGUGCUGUGUUCGAGUCCCAGUCCAAACAUCAACAUUGGGAUAGUGGUACAUCCAGUUGAUGGGCCCCACAAUGAGUGAAGUGCGCGUCCAGGAAUUUACUCUUAGACAAAAUCCAUACAUAUUGUAAAAACAACUAUGAGCGAUUGUGGGCCACCACCAGAGUGUACAUAUGUCAAUACAGUUUGACCAAGAUUCAGUCUCGAAAAUUAGCCACGGGAAAACGCAAAACUCUAAAAAUAAUACAUUUGAGCACCCAAAUAUUGUACACUGUUUUGUUUUAAAAAAAUUCGAUGGAAAAAGUUGUGAAGGCAAACACUUUUAUUCAUCAUCAGUUCUUUCAUGUAACCAAGCAAUCCCAGCUAAUCUCCGAUUUUUGUAUUUAGAAAACUUUCAUAAACACAUACAAUCUGGAUUUGAAGAGUCUCUUAACUGAAGCGAGUGAGGACGACUUCAUUACGUCUUCAGUGGAAACGACUGAGUGGAAAUUUAAGAGAGCUCGUGAACUAGAGUAGUAUUUAUUUUCCAUAGUUAAAGGUAUUAUACUUAACUUCUAUGUUUAUUAAUUUCCUCCUACUGAGAUUUAUGGGUACGAAAAAGUACACAUACACAUUUCAUAACGUCCACUCAAACUUCUAUUUCUACAUGAAUAAUAUCUUCACUAAUUAUUUGCAAAACAUCUAAUUUAUCACUUAUAGAUGGAAACUCCAGUCAGUUAUAAAAUGGAUUCGUCAGAUGAAGGUUCGUCUCUUUCUAUAAAUCAAACAGACACACCAACUUGUGUUCAUAAGCACGAACCUACUGCUGAAGAAAAAAAGCUUACGAGACUUCUAAUUGAACGUGUUCUCCCUCCAUUUUCAAAAUCAUUAAAACUACAAGCUCUUGUAGUUUAUCAAGCUGACCAGGAAAAGAUGAAAUGUUUACUUGUUAACCAAACUUAUGAGAAAACAAAUGAUCAUUCUUUCGAAAACGACAGUCCUAAUCAAGAUUUAUCAGAUUCAGGAAUUAUGGAUACAUCUACAGAGUCGAUUUCACCGAUUAAAACACAAGCUGAUGACGUUAUAAAGAAUUACGGCUUUUCGAUCUCACGACGUAAACGGAAGCUAAGUCGACCAUGUAAAAUACCUCAAAGUUCUGUUGUUUCUGAUCCUACUGAACCUUUACCUGCUACAACUGCUUCAUCAACAACUUCCGUUCCAGCUCAACCAAUCUCAAAAGCAGUCACUGAAAUUGUAACGCCGAUGAAAAGUGGGCCAACAAAUGGUUUAUUUUUACCUGUCUCAGCAGUUACACUUCUUCCUCAUGUGAGUGUUUUCUCCCUACCUGUAACAGUACUAUCAACUGUCCAUCGUCCUAUUUUACCUCGAAUUUGCACUGAUAAACAGCCUAUUCCCCGUCCUGUUAAUAGUUGUAAUUUACAGACAGUUAUUUCGCCUCAAUCAAAACAUACAACGUCAUCUAAUUCACUUUCUAAGAAUUCCACCAGAGAAUCCGUAAACUCAACAGACGAUUCAAGUAUCCAUAAUCGUCGAUAUGCUAAGUCAUUUAUAUGCAAUCAGUGUCGAAAACCAUUUACAUCAUUAACUUUACUAUGUGAACAUACCUUCGCAGUGCAUAAAGCAUUUAAGUGUACUAUAUGCGGUGCACAAUUUACUCAACGAUCCAAUCUUCAACGUCAUUCUCUUCGUCAUGUUGGUUUCAAACCUUUUGUAUGUAAAAUAUGCGAUAAAUCUUAUUAUCGUAAAGAUCAUCUUGUUCGACAUAUUGAACUAACACAUCCUGGUUGUGAUCCACGUACAAAUCUUACUGUGAAACUAAGUUCAGCUGAAUGUCUAGAUUAUUUAGAUCAAAUCAAUAAACACGACAAUACAAAUGGUGAGCAGAUACAAAUAUCAUGUCAAAACACCACUAAUAAUAAUAAUACUCCUGAAAUUGCUAUCAAACAAGAUGAAAGUGAUUCUCAAGAGAAAUUAUGCAUUCUGGUUUCUCAACAACAAGAACAAUCUAGCAUUUGCUCACAAUCACAUCAAAUAUGCACUAGUAUAAAUUCCUAAAAAAGCCAGUUGUUAUUACUAUUAUUGUUUUCCAAAAAAGUCUUGUCAUAUCACUUUUCUUUUCGACCAAUAUUAGACAGCUAUUGUUUGGUUGCUUUUUUUUUCAUACUUUUCUAUUCUUCAUUGUUUUGUUUGUUUGGUUUAUUUUUCUUUUCUAGAAAUUUUGUUUUUUUUUUAAAAUAAGAAUUUAGUCAUUUUCUACUUUCAUAUUUUGUAUAAAUUAUUAUCAUUAUCAGUUUAAGAAAAUCAUUAUCAUCUUUAUAAUGGCUUAUUAUGCAUCAUUGGUUGGUUUAUAAUCAAUUAUAAUUUACUAACAUGCUUGUUUGUGAUAACGAAUGAUAAACGAAAUCUAUAAUUGUAUAAACAACUCAUUAUGAUAGUUGGUUUUAUAUUACCGUAUAUACUUGGAGACAAUUUGUAUGUUUUGAAUGUAACUUAUUGGGUUUUGAAACUCAAUAGUUUUUUUGUUUUUUUAUUACAAAAUUUGAUUGAGAUAAGUUUCACCUGUGAUUUGAGUUUUUGUUGUUGUUCAUCUCAAGAAAAUCUUAUUGUAUUCAUAAACAAAGUUUACUUUAAGUUAGUAUAUUGGUUAAGCUUGAAGUUCAUCGGAUAAAUUAUCAUUGUAUCUAACUGGUUUGUUCAUAUGGGGAUAAGUCUGAGUGACUUAUCAACUAGAUUAUUGUAAGACGGUUUAUGAGUUAUAUUAGAUAACGUUUGUUAUCAUUUAAGUUAUGACUCAACUUGGAUGUUCUCUUAUGUCUAUGCAAUACUUUUAAUGGGUUUACUGUUUGAGUUAACAGUUUUAAUUCCCCAUUAUAAUGAUAAUAUCAUUUAUUUUCUUCAGGAUGAUAAUUCAAGUUGUUAUAAACAUUUGUUCGGGUUGCUGACUAGUCGUAUUAACUAACAGACGGUAGUAAAUGAUCAGCCGAAACCAAUGUACCUUUCCAUGUCCUCUUAGCUCAAUGCGUCUAUUUGCCAGUUUGGCUUGAGCUUUUACAUCUUUAACUUACUAAUACUAAAGUUAAUGGAGAAAAUGCCCGAUAAAUAUGCUGUAACAGUUCAAGUGAAGCUGUAUCUCAUUGAUUAGUUGCUUAAUUUACAAUUAUUGGUUCACUAUUAGUUAGAUUCAUCCUGGUCAUUGACCUUUGUUCUACGAAGGGUAAUAGACGUAAUUAAUUAAAUUUGGCCUCAUAUUGUACUGCUAGAGUGGCAAGAAAUAUAAAUCUAUUCUUCAUGUAACUGGUUUAACUUACGAUUUAACGACCGAAUGUCUACGAGGUUACCGACUUUUUCGAAAUUUCUAGGCAAUUGAGUAAUAUUCCUUUCACCAUAGUAGGUUGUGGUCGGUGGGAUGUAAAUGAGGGACAUCGUCUAUGAAAUAUGAACAGCUAUAAUUUCAAGCCGUAAUACUAAGCUAAGAAGCAAAGGAUGCUGUACAAACAGGAAGACAUUGCUAUAAAUACCUAGUGUUUACACAAACGCCUUUAUUGAUUUUGAUAAAACAUCAGGAAAAAGGAGUCAUGCGAAUCGAUAUACCCUAUCAUCGUUUGGUGUUUCUCACAAUUUAUUAUUUCUAACCAAGUUGACACUGAUCAUCUAGUUUAUGCUGACGGUAUUUCCAGAAGUUAUGCUUCCUUAUUCAUAAAAUACUUUCUGGAAAAAAACAUUACCUACUACUGGUGCAACAGUUUCACUAUUUUCCAUUUUAUUCUUUUAAGAAAUAUUUUCCAGUUCGCUAAUUCGACUGGUCGCCGCCCACGCUACUACUACUACUAAUAGCUAUGUAGUUGUUAUAAAGCAAUAGAUCGAGUAAAUAAAGUACUUAAUGUGUUGUACUACUGAUCUAUUCAAAAUCAAUAUAAAUUUAAAAUAUUUCACACUGUUAUGUUAUUGGUUAAUUGUUACGCCUAAAAAUCGAUACUACAAUAACUCUGAGGGCUAGCAAGAAUUUUCUAAUACAAACACCAAACUCAUACUCUUGUUAUUUCUCACUAACUAUCGUUUGGUAACCCGUAAGAAAGACUGUUGUCUUAUAGAAUUAACAUUCUGUUAUAUAUAAAGAAUUCAUCGUCUGUGUUACCCUCGCUCCUGCUCCUCCCUUCACAAAUGCCAUUUUUAGAUACCUGGCUGGUAAAAAUUGAAUUGGAAUAUCGAUCAGUCACAUACUAUCACAGUUCAUCUGUUCACGCACUCAUUUUGGCUGUGUAUAAAAGUAUCAUGCUUUAAUUAAUCAUCAAGUAUUAACUCUGUUAUUGAAGUUGGGAGGUGAAUUCUACUAGUUUGGAUACACUAGAAAUACUUGGUUAACAAUGGACUUCAAUAUUUAUUAAAACAAACUAUUUUGUCUUUCUUCAUAAAUUCCGACUUGUUGAAGAAUUAAAAAUAAUCUACCGUCCAAAUAAAUUGUUAAAAAAGGGGAAUCAGUAGAUAUAAGUUCAAUGGACGUCUUGUUUCGACAGUUUUAUAUGUUUGCUAUCUUUGGGAAUAACAACAAUCAUUCUCUGUAAUUUCACUCAAACUUAAUAGACCUAGUUCUAACGAGGAUGGAGAUACUGUGUAACGAUUGUCUAGAAAUUUAUAAAAGUAUUUCUUCCUGCUUAUGGAAAGAUACACAUAUUUUGAGUGGUUCACAUCUAAUUGUUACAAAGAUUAAUGAAAUUUUCAUAAAUUUCCCGUUUAUAAUGCACGG